CAUUUGCAUAAAACCCCUUUUAGCUAUACCAUAAACCCUACAGUCCAGUCUUUUUCUCAAUACCUUACUUCUGCAUUUCCCAAAUGGCCACUUUUACGAGAUCGAUCCGCCGUACUUUCUCCACUGCUGCUACAACCACAUUAUCUCCAAUCAGAGCCAUCUCCGAUGACUUAUACAAAGAGCGCAACCUCAAAAGACUCGUCGAAAAAUUCAAACAGUAUUCAGAUGUCAACCGUUUCCGCACCAAAAACGGCAUUUACGAGUCUACAGUUCAGCGAUUAGCCUCAGCCAAAAAGUUCAAAUGGAUCGAAGAAAUCCUCGAACACCAAAAGCAAUACAGACUCGACAUUUCCAAAGAGAGUUUCGCUGCAAGGCUCGUUAGUUUGUACGGAAAAUGCGGGUUGUUUGAGCAUGCACAGAAAGUGUUUGAUGAAAUGCCAGAGAGGAAUUGUAAGCAAACUUUGAAAUCCGUUAAUGCCCUUUUAGGGGCUUGUGUCAAUUCGCAGAAGUAUGACGAACUUGAGACCUUGUUUAAGGAAUUGCCUGAAAAACUGAAGGUAAAGCCCGAUGUGGUCACGUAUAAUAUUAUGAUUAAGGGGUUAUGUGAUAAAGGGACAUUGGAUAAAGCAGCUGCUUUAAUUGAUGAGAUUGAAAAGAACGGGUUAAAACCUGAUUUGGUUACAUUUAACACCAUACUAGGUGCAUUUUACUGUACUGGUAAGUUUGAUGCUGGCGAAAAAACGUGGAAAUUAAUGGUUAGCAAGAAUGUUAUUCCGGAUAUUAGAAGUUACAAUGCUAAGUUGGUUGGAUUGAUUAAUAAUAGCAAAGUCUCGGAGGCGGCCAAGCUUGUUGGUGAACUGGGAAGUUUUGAGUUAAAGCCUGAUGUGUUUACUUAUGGCACUUUGAUUAGAGGAUAUUGUGAUAAGGGUAAUUUGGAGGAGGCUAAAAAGUGGUACUUAGAAUUGGUGAAGAGUGGAUCUUCU